AUGGCUGCCGGCAACGGCAACAACCACAACCAGACUGCAGAGGAGCAAUGGUCCAGCCUCCCCAACGAUCUUGUAAGCACGGUGUACGCCAGAUUCGCCUCCCCGCGUGACCGCCUCCGCUUCGCCGCCGUGUGCACUUCAUGGCGCGCCGUAGCCCUGACGUGCCCACCACGGCAUGUCCUCCCAUGGCUGAUGCUCGAUCCGCGCGGUGGCGACAAGACGAAGCGAGUGUACAGCCCCGAAGAUGGCAUGGUCCUGCCUCGUAUCCCGAUCCCCAUCGAGGCUGCUGACGGGCGUUUCGUCGGCGGUUAUGAGGGCGGCUGGGUUGCCUCGUCCGACUUCCCGCUUGGGAUCAUCAACUUGUUUUCAGGUACUGAGGUGGUAUAUUCUUCUGAGCAAAGGAGAAUCAUCCUUACUCGUGCGCAGGAGAGCACCGGUAGCCUGCUAGUCAUGCGGAAGGUCAUCUUCUCGGCGGCGCCGACAUCAGGUGGUUGCAUCAUCGCUGCCAUCACCGAUAGGCAUGGUCUUGCGCUCUCUAGGGCUGGCUGCCCGGAAGGCAGGUGGACCACGCGAGAAUUUCAUGUAAGCCAACGUGAACAAGAGAGAUAG